AUGUCCGACUCAAUCGAGCCGGAUUGGCCCAAUUUGGCUUCCGGCGCCUCUCUUUCAUUUCUGUCAUACAAACCUCACUGCAACCCAAUAAACCCUACCUUCCGAGAUGGGGACUCAAAACCCAAGCGUCGGGGUAUUGAGAGCCCUAAAUAUACCACAAUCGAGCGGAUCGCGAAGCUGAAGAAAGAAUUACGAGUCUUGGACACUGAGUCAUUCUGGAGCGAGCUUAUGGAGCAUACUGCCUCGCUAUGUGAUGCUCAGUAUGCCUUCGUAGCGCGAAGGGCUCAGGAUGAUGAACAGGUCAAAGAAUUUAGUGGACAGAAACAAAUACUUUUUGGUACGGCAUUGUAUUACAACGAUGGAUUCAAAAAUGUUGGAUUGCAGAGAAACCGAUAUUUUGCCGGAGGAAAUCCUUUAUCCCACAUGGAUCUUGAGAAACCGUGCUUGAUUCCGGAGAAAUUGAGUAACUUCAUUUCAUUCGACAGAGACAAGCUCCCAUUCGCUGCAGAGGGUUACCUGGCGAUCCCACUCUUUGCGGGCGCCGAAUGCCUGGCUUAUUUUGGUCUGAUGUGGUCGGAGUCUGGAUUGCAGAAACGCAGCCUCUCAUGGUCUUUCCUCGAGAUGAUACUAUUUUCCUUGGAGGAUUUAGUAGUCCAGCGAAUCAUCGAAGACAACAUGGUUACUGGUAUAAACCGACCAAAUGAGGUUGCAAAUGACCUCGCUACCAGUCAGGACGUGAUUCAUGAUACGGCAACCGUCUCGCAUGGUGGUACCGAGUUUUCUUCCCAACAUCUGAAACCCUUCGCGCGCAGCUUAUCUCACGAGCUUAGAACCCCAAUGCAAGGCAUUGUCGGAAUGUUGGAUGUUAUGCAUGCCACUGUCCGUGAAGCAAUCCAAGGCAAGCCCUCGCCAAGAGCUGCGUUUGUCUUCCAGUCACUCAAGGAGAGUAUUGAAAUGGUUCAAGAUAGUGCAAGACGUGCCGUGGAAGCGGCGGAUAACGUCGUCCAUGCUUAUGACCUCAAUAUGCAAGUUCCCAAGACACCGCAGUGCGAACAGGAGAAUGAAUUGUUUAGCGGCGCUGUCAAGUCUCCAGUAACUGCUUCAGACAGUCGACCGAACCUUUUUAUCGAGGGGAGCAAUAUAACAGUUAAUCCUUACAAACGCCGGCGGAGUAAUCCUUCGGAUUGGAUGACUCCCAAACAUAAAAUCCCUCGAGUUUCUUCGGCAAAGGAGCUUUCCCCUCGCACCGAAGAAGUCAAGAAUGCGAUUCAUGAGAGUGACAAAAUAUUUAACGACUCCACCCCUGCCCAUCAAAUCGAGGCGGUAAUGGCUAAUAUGGUAAACCCUCGUCCUUCACUGGCUGUUCGGCGAUCGGCACCGCAUCUUUUGCUAGAAGGCAUCAACAUCAAUAUCAAAGGCCCUGCCCUGCGGUUCACGAAACUUCGUGAUCUACUUCGAUUAGUGAUCAAUGAAUCGUUACAUGUCGGUGGAAGACCCGACCUUGUGGUUAGCAAAGAGGCUGAGUUGGGCGAGACAAUCGAGGUCCGCUCGCGCUCUUCCAAUGGAGAAGUCUUCUCUAAAACGAUCGACUGGUCGGUGGAUCCUAGAGUUCCAGAUACCCUUCUGGUGGAUGACAGGGAUUUGGCUAAACUGAUAUCCUGUGUCUUUCUGAAUGCUGUCAAAUUCACUAAUAGUGGCACGAUCACCGUCAAGGCUACACUCAGUACAAAAGCCAACGAUAUUUUGAUUACCAUCCAGGACACCGGGCCAGGUAUUCCCCGAGCUUUCUUGCCCAAUUUGUUCAAGCCUUUCACCCGAGAAGACACAUCAACCACUCGGAGUAAAGAUGGACUUGGUCUAGGACUCCUUGUGGCAAAGGGUUUGUCGAGGAAAAUGGGUGGAGAUCUCGCUUGCGUCCGUUCCUCAACUUCAGGUCCUAACCGUGGCUCUGAAUUCGAGAUUAGAGUUCCCAUAAAUCAGAACGAGUCUGCUCGUCAAAGCGCUUCCUCAGCAAAGUUGUUAACUCCUCCCCACAUGAAGGACUCAUCAAGGGCGAGUAGCGCAAGCCUUACCACUCCAGACCCUUCCAUUCUAUCUCCAUCUCUACCACCUGCGCAGCCACCAGUCCAAGAACCAUCUCCGGGCCUUACAGACGACACACUAUCACGCGCCCCAACCCCUGUGCGCUCUAUGCCUAAUGCAAGGACCUUUAGAGGCUCUAUCAACGGGGAUGGUUAUGAUAGCAAACUUGGAGAAAAGUACCCUCUCACUUUCCUGGUAGCAGAAGACAAUAAGAUUAAUCGACGGGUACUGGUCCAUAUGCUCAAAAGGCUUGGCUAUCAGGAGGUUUAUGAAGCCUGUAAUGGAAAAGAGGCCGUACAGACAAUGCAGGAUAUCCUCGAAUCCCAGACUUCGGUAAAUGCGACAAGCAACUCUCAGAAGUCCAUUGAUCCCCAUAACGGCUCGGAUGAUUUCCUCAUCCCUGCGCCACCCAGUCAUCAGAAGAGGUUAAAACCUGUGGAUGUUAUCCUGAUGGAUCUCUGGAUGCCAGAAAUGGAUGGGUACGAAGCUACGUCGAAAAUUCUUCAACUGGUCGAUGAAUACCGGGAUCAAUUGCCGUCUAGUUCCCUACCCGUCCGUCAGGGUCAAUCUUUACCAUCCCAUUCUGUCGAACCAAAUGGAAUUCGGCCCCAGCCACCUACUGUCCUUGCCGUCAGCGCGGACGUUACAGACGAGGCGCUGAGCCGUGCCGCAAAAGUUGGCAUCAAGGGUUACAUGACCAAACCAUAUAAACUCAUGGAUCUGGAGCGGCUUAUCACGGGAUUCUGCAGCGACACCGCGAGACAUUUCAAUGAUUCUACGAAUAUAUGA